AUGAUCGGGAGGGCGAGCAAACUCGGCAGAGAUGGAAAAACCUGGUGGAGGCAGGAGGCGUCGACUCCCCAGCAUCACCUGAAGAACUGGAAGGUAUCCCACAAGGCUGUGGAGACGGGCCCUCUAUAGGCUAAAAGACACAGACACUAUUUCCAUGUCAAAGAGCCGAUGGAACAGGACGGAUCAGCUUUCAGUUCCCACAAUGUGAUGCUGUGGGUGAUGGCAGCAUUGCUGACACUUGUGGAAGACGUGUUUUCUGAGGAGGACAACAAAGAAGCCCAGUCAGACCUCCGGCGUGUCCUCAGGCAGCCCUCAUUGUCUCCUGCCGAGGAUCUGGAACGGGACAGCAGGGUCCACACACCCUGGUCUAAAGCCCUCGAAGAGUGGUCACUGAUGCAGGAAGAGGAAAUCCAGCAGAACAGAUGGCGGCGCUCCACUCGCGACCCAAACUUGCCCAGAACGUCACGGAGGAACCGCAAGAAAACCAAGGGCAGUCACGACUGCCACCUGGAGAGGAAGCAGAUACGCGUGCGGGACCUCGGCCUUGGCUAUGAAUCGGACGAGAUAGUCCUCUUUAAGUACUGCGUUGGCACAUGCCACGGCUCCCGCAAGAACUACGACCUGGCCUUGAAGGCUCUGAUGGACAGCGGGAGCAUCUCCGGAAAGAAGGUCAGCGGUCAACCCUGCUGUCGGCCUACCCGUUAUGAGACUGUGUCCUUCAUGGACUACCAGACUACCUGGCAGACAAUUAAGUGGCUCUCGGCGGCCAACUGCAGCUGUGUUGGCUGA